GCCGAAUCCAAAAUUUCCCCCCACUCCCUGGCGGACCUCAAGAACACCACCGACGACGCCCUGGGUAACUACCUCCGCGGCCUUCACUUCACCCAAGACAACAGUAAACUCGACGUCCGACUAGCGAUCGGCUACAUCUCAGUGAUAAUCGCCGGAGUCUUGUUCGCAGCAGACUAUAAGUUAGGCUGGGAGCAAACAAAAAUAUAUACAGCACCGGCGGUGAUCGCGUAUGCAUUGUUGAAUGCCGCGUUUACGUAUUGGAUGUGGGCGGUUGAGCAGGGGAUUGUGUUUGAGGGACUUAGGGAGGGGAGGAAGUUCUCACUGUCCAGUAAAACCCACAAACACGACCCAACCUACUACCUCACCGUCUCCGUUACGGACCCCUCGACCGGCAGCAACAGUCCGAGCUCCUGGCAGAUCCGCGCACCCUUCACCACGUGGAUGACGGCGGACGGGUAUUUCGUCGCGAAACCUUUCCAGCAGUGGUUGGCGAGUAGUAUUGAGGUGAUUGGGGACGCGGAUUUGAAGAAU